AUGCCCUCCCAGUGUGUCAGAUACCCUCUGUGUCAGGUCACACCACCCAAGGAGCUGGAGGAAGUGACUGGGAGUGCGGAGUUGCAGAGAUGCACCGGCGAGACCACAGUCCAAAAGGAGGCCACGGCCACGGCCACGGCCACGGACAUGGGCAUGGGCAUGGAGGCGGAGGGCAUGGAGACUGUGGAGGAGGAGGAGGAGGGCAUGGCCAUGGAGGCGGCUGUGGAGGAGGGCACGACCAUGGAGGCGGCUGUGGAGGAGGGCACGACCAUGGAGGCGGCUGUGGAGGAGGGCACGACCAUGGAGGCGGCUGUGGAGGAGGGCACGACCAUGGAGGCAGCUGUGGAGGAGGAGGGCACGGCCAUGGAGGCAGCUGUGGAGGAGGAGGAGGAGGUCACGGCCAUGGCGGCUGUGGAGGUGGCUACGAAUCUGGGCAUGGAGAGUGUGGAGGAGGGAAGGGCAAACACGGUGGUGGCAAGAGGGAGAAGAGACGAAGGCGCAAGAAGGGGCACAAGCAUCGCAAGUGCCACAAGAAAGGCAAAGAAUGUCAUGGGUCUUCCAGCAGCUCAUGCAGCAGCAGUGACUCAGAUUAAGAAGAAGAGGAUCCUGUUCUUUAUGUCCUUUAACAUUAGGCCUACAUCAUAAAAUUAUAUUUUUUGGGACUAAAAUGACAAUAAAAGUUUUCA